ACUCAGACCUGACGUCAGUACGUUGUUCCUACGCUGGUGUUUUGAGGAGGCUAAAAGUUAGCUUGGGGGUAACAGUACGCUGUAUUCAGUCCAUUUUAUCAGUUCAGUUGUCUGCAACAUUUGUUUAAUUGUUUAAAGGUGUUAGUCACGAGAAAAAGUCGUCCUCCGUUUCCGUCCAGUCGGUGUUUGUCGUAGACAGACCCUCUUUUACCAGGACCCACAAUGGAGGGUAGCGCUAGCGUGAGGAGAGCCUUGUCCGGGACUCUCGUACCUGCAGCGGUCACAACAGUGGCUCUCCGACAACAACCUGAGGGGGACCAGAAGACAAAGCUGGACAGAAAGGUCCUCGACGAAGAGCAGUAUAUCGAGAGCUUAGAGAAGAUCAUCCAGAGGGACUUUUUCCCAGAUGUGACGAAGUUGCAAGCCCAAAAGGACUACCUUGACGCAGAGGAGAGCGGAGACCUGGAGAGAAUGAGAGAGAUUUCCAUCCGAUAUGGAUCAUCUUUGACAAAAUCUACACCACAGUCUUCUGCACCCUAUGUAACUCCUGCUAGCUUUGAGACACCAGUGGGUCGCCCAGGAUCUCCCUCCACCACUCCCUGCAAUAAAGGGUUGGAUAGGGAGAGAAGAGAGGAGGACAAGGAAGAGAAGCAGCUGCCCUGUCUUGACCGGUUUCUUGCAAAAAAUACCAGUGAGGAUAAUGCAUCGUUCGAGCAGAUAAUGGAUCUGGCGGAAGAUAAGGAGAAGCUGAAGCAUGCCUGGUUGUAUGAGGCUGAGAAUGAAUACAAAGAGCGCCAUGAAAAGAACCUUGCCUUGCCUUCAGUAGAGAAGGCAGCACUUGAAUGUGUCAAAGCUGGACUAGAGACAUGGGAGUACAAAGCAAAGAAUGCCUUGAUGUAUUAUCCAGAAGGUGUUAAAGAUGACGAUGCCCUCUUUAAGAAGCCAAGGGAGGUAGUUCAUAAAAACACCCGCUUCACCGGAGACCCAUUCAGCAAAGCUCUCAACAAAAGCCAGAUUCAACAGGCUGCAGCUCUCAACGCACAGUUUAAACAGGGUAAAGUAGGCCCGGAUGGGAAAGAGCUAAUCCCACAUGAAUCCCCAACAGUCAAUGGAUAUGGUUUUGAAAGGUCUCCUUCACCUGCACCUGGUGUAUCUGAGUCUCCACUAAUGACCUGGGGUGAGAUUGAGAGCACUCCUUUUCGUCUGGAUGGAUCAGACACGCCGUAUGUUGAGAGGAAUCACGGUCCAUCAUUCAAGAUCCCAGAACCAGGAAGACGAGAGAGGUUGGGUUUGAAGAUGGCCAAUGAAGCUGCUGCCAAAAAUCGCGCAAAGAAACAGGAGGCGUUGCGAAAGGUCACAGAGAACCUUGCGAGUCUAACUCCUAAAGGCCUGAGCCCAGCCCUCACGCCUGCUCUGCAGAGGCUUGUGAAUCGGACAUCUAGCAAAUACACAGACAAAGCACUACGAGCAAGUUACACCCCAUCGCCUUCGCAUAGAGUUGCAGGCUGCAAGUCUCCCUUUGGUGGCCCAGCCACUCCUUCGGGAACGCCAACGCCAAACAAAGCCAAGACGCCAAGCUCUCAGGACCUUACAUCACUCACAGACAAUCUGCUGCAACUUCCCAAGAGGCGGAAAGCCUCAGACUUUUUCUAAGCAAGAGAAACUGUUCUCUGCUGGGAUUGUACAAAAGAUUUAAAAAAAAAUCCCGUAAAGAGCUUUGUUUAUAAUUUUCCAGGUCUAUUUUUCUCAAAUUAGAGAGAAUUAGUUUUUGCUGGAUGGACUGGAUAAAGAAAUGUACAGUGAACUGAAGACGUUCUAGAGAUAGUUUUGUUACUUUUUACUGUAGAUGGGUCAAUCUAGACCUCGUAAACAUUUGGUUUCAGGAUGUGUCAUGGAGACAGCGCUAAAUAAAAAUAUUUUUGACCACUAAGACAUUUUGUGAUCCAAACAUCGAAACCCUUUGGGAAGUCUGGGACACGUUCAAAUCACUGACACAACUUAAGUUUGUUUAAUCGUUGUUUUAUUUCAAGUGCAGGGUUUAGUGAGUUUUUGUGCAAUUUUUGUGUCGCUAUUCCUCUCUGGAAAACUUCUUUUAAAUCAUCGAGCGUCAUCGGUUAACAAAACAUUAUUGUACUUGUUUCUGAAAGUCACACACCAAAAUUAGGUUUCAGUUCAUACAUGUUACCAUAACACUUGAGUGUUUAUUUAUGUAGCGUAGAAACUACACAAAAGGACAUGCGCAUUACCUUCCAAAAAGUUUCCCUCAGUCUUGCACAGUUAUUUAAAUGUUCAGAAGUAAAAGAACCAACAACAACAACAACAGUGUAAAUGCUUUGUGUCUUCUUUUUAAAAUGAAAAUUUUAAGCGGAGCUGGUCUCAGCUGUACAAGGUUUUUCUUUUUUGUCUCAAUAAAACGUGUCUGUAAAGCAGAAUAUUUUGUAUCACCACA